AUGCAGCAUCACCAUGGCUCUGCUGUCCCUGACAUGUUGCCCUCGAGCCCUCCGGCCCUCAGUUCUUCCCCGGCAAACCCAUUUCUCUCGCCAACCCGAACCAGUCGCCGCAAGGAGAAGAGAAACCCGUCCGUCACGCCUAGAAGGUUUGGCCGUUUCUUCACGCCUCGGUCAACGUUGCCAACGGAAAGCCGGGCUGCCCUAGGACUCCUCAAUGCAUCCGCCACCAACCGUCAACUCAUCUCUCCUCAAUCACUGGCCGCUGACCCGUUGAGCUCGGAUCCGAUAUGCCCUUCAUCACCAACUGAAGCCCUGGGGCACGUGGAUGCUAACGGGGAGAAGAGGAAGCGGGCAGAGCUCGGUGGCCAGACUGUUCCAAAGCGACGACGAGGUCUGCUCGUGGAUGACACUUCUCCCCCUACACUUCGACUUCCCGGAAGAAGCUUCCACAUGUCUCGGGACGGCAAUGUACAAAUGGUGGAACAAAGUCAAACAGAUGCGAGAGACGGGCUGGACGACAGGCGGCGAGCUACCUUGAGUCACUUCUUCAAAGCUAGUCGCAGUGGAAGUAUUGGUGGCAUGGAGGAAAAGUCGCUUUCCGUUGCACCCAGUCUUCAGCCGUCCGAGUUGAGAACAAACCUGACCCUCGAAGGAUAUCAGCCGGAACCCAUUCGCAAACUUCGCAACCGUGGUUUCGCUGCACAGCUGCUGGACAGGGAGCAUGGAUUCGCCUCUCACACUGGCAGGCAGUACCUCAGCUUUCCGGCCUGCGACCCUAGAACUCUCACAGCAUCCUUUUACAGCGAAAGCCAAGACACCCACCUCUGUACCUCGUAUACCAGUCCAGGCAACACCAUCCCCUUUAGUCUCGCCAGCUGCCACGGUGCUCCUGUAACCGUCAUUGGCGACGAGCAGGGCAUUGUGCGGUUCUUCAACACCGACACGACACACGACCCGUUUGAGUCCAAGAUUGGAGUCCACGUCAAGGUUCACGACAAUGCCAUUAUGGAUCUGGACCUGUCCGUGGACGACUGUCGGCUGGCAACGGCCAGUGGAGAUCGAACGGGCAAAAUCGUCGACGUGAUGACGCAAACAGUUGCUGUCGAGCUCGCCAGUGGACACUGGGACUCUCUCCGUCAAAUCGCCUUCCAGCCAGGCGCAUGCAACGGCAGCACGCUCGCGACAUCAGACCGAGCCGGCCGUGUGCAAAUAUGGGAUUUGCGGUGUUCUUCGAUGCCCACACAGUGCUUCUCGGCAGAGGGCGUCGACUACACAGGCGAACGCGACACCACGCUUGAACCCGUCGCCGCCAAAACCAUCAACACCAUCACCAACGCCCACGAACGCACCAUCCAGGGAACCACAUCAACAGCCUCCAUCACCGCCAUCCAGUGGCUCCCAUCGGGCAGGGAACACCUCCUCCUCACCGCCAGCGAGGCCAACGCCUCCAUCAAGCUCUGGGACACGAGAUACAUCAAGCCACGCCGACAGGCAGAAGAGACGCCCCUCGCCAUAACCCCCCAGCCCACAUCCCACGCCUGGCGAUCCUACGGCAUCACGUCCAUGGCCCUCAGCACCGACGCCUCCCGCCUCUACGCCGUCUGCAAAGACAGCACCAUCUACGCCUACUCCACCUCACACUUGAUGCUCGGCCACGCACCCGAACUCGACGACUCCGCGCCCAAGCGCAAGCCCUCCGGUGCCCAGGGCCUGGGGCCUCUCUACGGCUUCAAACACGACUUCUUCCGCGCCUCAUCCUUCUACGUCAAGUGCGCGCUGCGACACCGCACCCCCGCCAACAACUACCAGGAGGAACUCCUCGCCGUGGGCAGCUCAGACAGCUGCGCCGUGCUCUUCCCCACGGACGAGCGCUACCUGUACGCCAACUACGCCAAGCAGGCACACAGGCUCGACGAGCCCACACCCUCGCACUCCGCGACACCCUCGUCACCUCCUUCUUCCGUUCCUAUUUUCCGGGCCGGCACGCCCCUUGCUCAUGGUCAUUCCCGCGAGGUGACGACCUUGAAUUGGUCGCACCACGGCAAACUGGUCACCGCGUCGGAUGACUACCUCGUUCGACACUGGCAGGCGGAUGCCAAUAGGGCCAGGUACCUGCGACAGGUGGGUGACUUUGGGCCCGACAGACACAUGGCUGGGUGGGCGGACGUGCUGUCCGUCUGGGAUGCUGAUGAUGAUGACGAUGAACAUUGA